AUCGUACUAAUUUAGUGAAUUAUUAAAGAAUGAUUGCGAGAUUUCACUUUUUUUUUUUUACCCUGAACGACCUCUUUUGGAACUUCGAUUCAACCUUUUCUUGAUUAUUAUCAUAUGAUCGACAGAGAUAAUGAUUGUUAAUCAUUCUCUAUUGACUGUGAUCAUUAAUUUCUACAACAUAUGCUUAUUUAGACCGUUAUCAAAUCGUGAAAAAAUAAAUAAUCAAGCUGCAAGCGGCAACUGUCAUGAAUUUAAUUCAAGCUCAUGAACAUGAUGAAGUUUAAAUCACUCUUUCGAAGAGGACAACAAAGCCACUCGCAACAACAACUCACUAGAGAUUUACGUCAGCAUCAGCCAACAGGUUACUUACACCAUCAGCAAAUGGCACAAACAGAAUUGCAGCAUCAAGCUUCGAAUUUAUCAACAAUUGAGAAAAAAACUGAUAAUUCCCAGGCCGAUUCGUGGUUAGCUAAUAAAGGAACCGUUAAUGUUGGAUCUCAGAAAUAUACAAAAAGCACUAUGAAACGUUCUAAGAUACAAGAGCUAGAGCGAGAACUUGAAUUUUUACAUAAAGAACGGAUGAAACUUGAAAUUCACUUACAAGAAGUUUCGGCUAAUGGAGAAAAACUUCAUGAACUUCGUAAAGAACUCUCUUGUCUUAAGGAACAACACAGUUUAGAAGUAGAGAGGUUAACCCAAGAUAAUCAAGUUUUACGUGCUCGUCUUCGUGAUGUUGCUCAUUCUCCUUUAUCAGACUCUGAAAAACAACAAUUACUACUGGACGCUUCCAGAUUACACAGCUCAACUUCUGUUUCUAUUUCAAUGGCUCAUCACGACGUGGGUGCAUCAACAACAAACACUACAUCUGAUGAUCCAAGAUGUACUACUCCUGAAUGGGAUAAACAUUCUUCGAGUUCUUUUUCUGAAAUGUCUGUUGCUUGUCUUCAAGAUAGAAUUCUUCAAAUGGAGGAAACUCAUUAUUCGACUAAUGAGGAAUUACAAGCAACUAUACAAGAGUUAAGUGAUUUACAAGCUCAAUUGACAGAACUUCAAACUGACAAUGAAAGACUUACCGAGGAAAAAGGUGUGCUUCUGGAAUCACUUUGUAGACAAACAGAAAAAUUAGAAGAUUCACGAGGUAAAGUUGAUACACUUCAAGGGCUUUUGUUAAAAGAAGAAAAAUUAAAAGAUUCGUCGAAUGGCUAUAAUACCGAAAGAGAACAAAAACUUGUGGAUUUAUUAAAGAGUGCGCAAGAAGAACGAGAGUCUUUACUUUGUAAACAAGAAGAAUUAACUUCGGAAUUAAAAUGUUUACGUCAAUCUGCUGAAAUGAGCGCCACUGAAUUAGAACGUUUAGUAAAGCAUGUUCAUCAUCUCGAGUUAGUCAUAGAUACUAGUAAUAUAGAAAAAAAACAACUUAGUUCAGAACUAAUAGAAGUCAAACAAGAAAGUGCCAAUAAAAGUCUUGAAAUUAAUAGACUUGUAACUUUAUUGGAAAAUGCUCGUUCUAAAAUUGAAGAAUUAAAGUUAUCAAAACAGCUUGAAACUAAAAGUGAAGCUGAUGAAUUACUUGAUACUGUAAGGCGAGAAAAAGACACCCUUGAAACACAAGCUGCUGCGCUACAAGAACAAUUAGCUCGUUCUCAUUGCGAUCACGGACGGCUGAGAGACCAAUAUUCACAAUUACAAGAAGAAUUUAAAGUCACCCGUAAUAACGCUAAAUCUUCUAUCGAUGAUUUAGAAUACCGCUUAAGUCAAUUAAAAGAUGAGCGAAUAUCAGUUAAUACAGAACUACAACUAAUUCGAAACUCAUUAGUCGAGUUGCAAACUCAGUGUCAAAGGCAUUUAGAAGAUAAACGAGAACUAAAAGCUGCGUUGAGUGAAGCUCAGCGACGAGAACGAGAAGCUCAACUUCACUACUAUGAUUUAGAACAAGCGCUUACUAAUGAACGAAAAUUACGACAAGAAAAAAAUGCUGAGUGGGAGCAAUUUCAAAAUGAUUUAUUAAUGACUGUUCGUGUCGCAAAUGAUUUUAAGACAGAAGCCCAAUCUGAACUUGAACGUGUACUUAUGGAAAACAAGACGCUACGAGAUAAAUUGAGAUCACUGGAAGCUCAACUGGAAAAACUUAGCAACGUAAAUCCAAAAAAUACCCCGUUAGCGUUACGACAAACAUCGACUUCUGUUGAAACUCAACCGAACGUAUUGACUAGUGUCAAACAGGAAAUGGUUAUGCUUCGGAAAUCUAAUAUUCCACGACAAGAUUCAAGGCUUUCCGUAAAAUGUUUGAUCGAGAGUAUCGAAAAUGCAACUAAACAAGCCAAAUCUGUAAUUUCAGGACCCGGUAGCCAAAGUAGUUCUACAUCUUCUUUGAAUUCUAUUGGAACUAAUGAUCUGUUGAGCUUAAAAACUUCAUUGCGCGAUCAACACCAAAUGAAUAAUUUAAUAAGUGCUUCAAAUUCAUCAAAUAUUAAUAAUACUCAUUCUAUUGGUAAUAAAAAGCUGCCAUUUCCAGAAUCACAAAAAUCUUCAGUACCAAUCAUAAACUUGAACUCAAAAGAACUGUUAGAUUCUGCAACAUUAAAUGUAAACACUAUCGAUUUCGUACAACGAAACACUGUAACAGAUCUCACUGGCAAGGAUCCUCUAUGUGGUUUAGUUAAAAACGGUGGUUCAAAGCGGAAUGCAUUGCUUAAAUGGUGUCAAAAUAAAACAAUAGGUUAUCGAAAUAUUGAUAUCACAAAUUUUAGUAGUUCUUGGAAUGACGGUCUUGCACUUUGUGCUAUUCUUCAUUCAUAUCUGCCCGAUAAAAUACCUUAUGACUCUUUGAGCCCUUCUGAGAAGAAACGGAAUUUUUUUUUGGCAUUUUCAGCAGCCGAAAGCGUCGGAAUCACGACAACAUUGAAUAUUGGAGAUAUGUGUCAAUCAGAGCGUCCUGAAUGGCAGCAAGUUAUGACAUAUGUUACAAGUAUUUAUAAACACUUUGAGACUUAAAUCGCAUAAAAAUAAAAAAAAUGAUGACAUCUAGUCAAAUCUUUAAUGGAAUCAACUACCGUAAAAAAAUUUGUAAAGUUAUUAAAUAAGUAUACCUUUGAACUAUCGCAAAAAAUUUACAAAAAAGAAAACAAAAGAAAAAAUAAAUAAAUAAAUAGAUGAGGAAAAAUAAUAUUCAACUUAUAAUUAGCGACAAUUAGUUUCUUUAUACUUUAUACCUAGCUUCAAACUUUAUUUUGCAUUAUAAGUGAUGCGAAUAAUCAAUUUUAUGUACAUAAUUACUUUAUUAUAAAUAUAAAAAAUCAUAGUGGGAACUUUCUUGAAUGUUUUAAUACUUGUUUGUAUUUUUUACUUUCAGAAAAAAUGCCAUUGCGCAUAAAUUGAAGAGGAAAGAUAAAUUCAGAAAUGUUUUUAAUUAAUCGAAACAAUCACUUAAUUGCAAUCUUUUAUAAAUACGCUUCCGAAAUAUUUUAUAAGAGAAAAUGAUGAAAGAAUUAUUUAAGAAAUAUUUUUUAGAGAAUUAAGACUGGAUACUGGAAGAGAUAAUUUAUUAUUUUUGACAAAAAUUCGACUGUGACUUUUUGUAAAACAUAUAAUUCGGUAUUUUCCAAAGUCAGGGAAUACAAAAUUUUAGCGAAAAUAUAAAAGUAAUUGUUUAAAAAAUUGUAAAGCAUAAACAUACACACAGGUAAAAAAAAAUAUAGAACA